AUGGGGCAACAUAUGACUAAGAGCGAUAAAAUGAUGGUAAUUAUGCUGCGGCGACAGUUAGCCAAAGCAGGAUUUCAGGUCGCAGAGGAUGACAUGGUAACUUUUAUUAAGUUUCUGAAAGAGGUCAGCCCUUGGUUCAUGGAGGAAGGGACCUUAUCGCUAGAUGAAUGGAAGCGUGUGGGUAAGGAAAUGAGGCACUAUGUGCGUGAGAAAGGGGAAAAAACUUUACCUUCGGAAAUUUCCCCCUUUGAAGGCUUGUGUCGUGACACUGCCUCUGAAACGGGAGUUACUUCUCCUAUCUAUAGUGAAGUUGGGAAAGAGGAGGGGAACGAGGAAGAAAAGAGACCAUUAAAACCUUCUGCUCCCCCCUUCGCCUCAUCUCAUCAGCCCUUAACAGGGAAUGAUCUUGAUGGCGACUGGGGUUUGGAUGAUCAGCAGGAGGAAACAGAAUGGGAGGAUGAUUUUAGAGACCACACGGAUCCUCCGGUAAGGGCAGCAAUUGGGAAUAUCACAAAAGGAAAACCUGUUCCAAAGCCACGCAGCCGCCCCCUACCUCCUGUAGGUUUUCAGGGAGCGCUGGCUGAGGCACGUAAAACAGGUGAUACUUCCUUGGGGAUAUUUCCUGUUACAGAAAUUGGAGAUAACGAUGAGCCCAUAUGGGAGCCUAUGCCCCUUAAAACUCUUAAAGAAUUGCAAAGUGCUGUUAAAAGUCUGGGGCCUUCUGCCCCCUAUACCUUACAGGUUUUGGAUAUGGUCGCAAGCCUUUGGCUCACUCCUCAUGACUGGAUGCAAACUGCCAAAGCCACAUUAAGUCCAGGAGAUUACAUUCUCUGGCGUACUGAAUAUGAAGAUAAAUGUAAAGAUUCUAUAGUUCAAUCUAUAAAGAAGAGAGGCCCUAAGCCAACAAUGUCCAUGUUGAUGGGCACAGAUGACUAUGCUCUUCCCCAAGAUCAGGUAAAAAUCCCACGUGAUAUAUUGACAAUAAUAACUGGUAAUGCCGUUUUGGCAUGGCGCAAGCUCCCACCUCCCGGAACCAAGGGUGGAGCAUUGGCUAGCAUUAGGCAAAAGAAUGAAGAAUCCUAUCAGGACUUUAUUUCCAGGUUAGAGGAGGCAGUCACCAGAAUGCUGCCUCCUUCGGAAGGAACAGAUAUGCUAUUGAAACAAUUAGCAUGGGAAAAUGCCAAUGCUCUUUGUCAAGAUCUUAUUCGACCUCUAAGACAGACAGGGACAUUAAAUGAUUUUAUUAAAGCAUGUAUGGAUGCCUCACCAGCGGUCGUUCAAGGAAUGGCCUAUGCAGCUGCAAUGAAAGGACAGAGAUUUAGCGCCUAUGUAAAAAAGACAUAUGGAGGGGGUGCAAAAGGCAUCACCACUCCUACUUGUUAUAAUUGUGGAAAACCUGGGCACAUUCAAAGGGAUUGCAAGAAAUCCAAAAGCUCAGGACGAAAAAGUUUACCGGGCAUAUGUCCUCGGUGCAAAAAGGGAAAACAUUGGAGUAAUGAGUGUAACUCAAAAUAUCAUAAAGAUGGUUCACCUCUCACUAAAGAAGGAGAGGAAGAACCUAAAGAGUCAAAAAACUAG